AUGGCGGCAACCACUGGACUUGAGUCUUUUGUCGAUCAGAUUAUUUCUGUAAUUACAAACGAUGGACGCAACAUUGUGGGACUUCUUAAAGGUUUUGAUCAGGCUACAAAUAUAAUCCUGGAUGAAUCUCAUGAACGCGUCUUUUCCACUAAGGAAGGAGUACAACAACUUGUGUUGGGUUUGUACAUUAUCAGAGGAGACAACAUAGGUGUGAUUGGGGAGCUCGAUGAGGAGCUUGAUGCAAGUCUGGAUUUUUCGAAACUUAGAGCUCAUCCUUUGAAACCCGUCAUGCAUUGA